AUAACAAGUCCGCGUUGGUACAAUCCAAAAAUUGACAUUUCAUUGGAUGUCACUUCUGGUACUGUCAAACAAGUCAACAUUUCUAGUUCACUCAGAAUGGGUGGGACCUCUCUCAAUUCUAAAGGGUUGCUGAUCGAAGCAUCCAAUGAAAUUGUGGUAUAUGGUUUCAACAAAGAACCGUUUUCAAAUGACGCUUUCCUUGCAAUUCCAUGCGAUGCAAUCGGUACCGAUUACUUUGUAACAUCAUACCUACCGUCAUUUUUCAAAUCCGAACUCUUAAUCGUUGGUGUUUCCAAUGCAACAUCUAUAGGAAUCAAACUCAGCACAACAUUGCAAUCAGUAAUAACAUUCCAAGGUAGCAAUUUCAGUAAAAGCCAAUGGAUAAAUAUUAGUAUUGAUGCAUUCGACACUCUCCAAUUGCAAAGCACAGGAGACAUCACAGGAACGUACAUUAUUGCAGACAAACCGGUGUCCGUCUUCAGUGGUAACGUAUUAACAGCAAUAGGAAAUGGCACAGCGGACCACAUUGCGGAACAACAUUUAUCUACCGAUAAAUGGGGAAAGACUUUUGCUACUGUUCCAAUACCAGGUCGUGUUGUGGGGGACUAUUUUAGAUUUGUUGCAUCAGAGCACGACACAAAUGUUCAAAUUAAGGGACUGGACAAUUCCACAGCAACAACAGACGUAUUUAUUCUUCAAGAAUCCGGGCAAUGGGUUCAGAGACAUUUCAGUUCUUCUUUCUAUGCAUUAAUUACAGCGGACAAACCAAUCUAUGUUGUUCAAUAUUCUCUUAGUCAAAUGAAUCGUAAUAUGGCCGACCCCUCGAUGAUAAUAAUUCCACCCAUGGAGCUGUAUGCUGCAAACUACGUAUUUACGACACCCAAAAGCGCAACGGGUUCCUACGACAGUUACUUUAUGUUUGUGGUCAAAAAAGUAGACUUGGAUGGACUGAGAAUUAAUGUCAUGCCUCUCAACACAACUGAGGUCUACGAGUUCCCUGGUGGGGAAUUUUUGGGCGGAUAUGUAUCAUUGGCUGAGGGUACCUACGACGUCCGUCAUAUUUCACCAAUCUGUGUUUUUGGAGGGGUUUUGUAUGGGAAAGGGUGGUUCGAGACUUAUGGAUUUCCGACAGGAAUGAGACUGACUUCCAUCAAUAGGCCUUGCAUAAAUUCCCCUUCAUCUCAUGGAGACGGACUGGACAAUGAUUGUGACAGAAAGAUCGACGAAGAAAUAGAUAACGGUCAAGAUGAUGAUGGCGAUGGAUUGAUAGAUGAGGAUUGUGCAGAGGCUUAUCAAGACAGGCCAUGUUUUGCAACACCGUGCUUUAAUGGUGGAACGUGCACUGAGAACGGGAAUAACUAUACGUGCACGUGUAUUAGUGGUUAUGAUCCAGCGUCAGACUGUCGACUUCAAAUCGAUUUUUGCCGCAGAAACCCUUGCCCUCAUACCAAGAUAUGCUCUCCUCACCUUGGUGGUUUCACGUGCAUCUGCAAAGCAGGCUUCACAGGGACCCACUGUACUACUGAUAUUGAUGAAUGCGCUAGCUCUCCCUGCAUUCAUGGAAACUGCACGGAUUACGUGAACGGAUAUCAAUGUCUGUGUAACUCGGGGUAUUCCGGUAUCAACUGUGAAUUAGAUACAAAUGAAUGUGCUAGUUCUCCUUGUAUCCAUGGUAACUGUACUGAUGACGUCAAUGGUUAUACAUGUUCCUGUGACAAUGGUUUCACUGGGAAAACAUGUUCCACAUAUACUUCAAGCACAGAUUGUUUGUCCUCCCAAUGUGAGGUGAUUCAGUGUUCCAUAUUUAAUUUUACUUCAGGCUGCUAUUAUGCUUUAAUCUCGUGUUUAAUAUCUGCUGUAGUACUGGCAACCUUUUCCUUCUGCAUUAUAUUUUGCUAUGGCAUUAAAAAGAGAAAACGAAAACCAGUACCACCUCCAUUUUCAUUUGAAGACACCACCUUAGGAGCAACAAAGAGAAGAUUUAAUUUUCAUAUUUUCCAACAACACGAGAACAAUUUAUGA